AUGGCGUAUCAGUCCAUGGCGCCCUCCACGCAAAGUUCCGAUCUUAGAUUGACUGGACAGCAGCCCGCUUACGAACAUGAAGCUCCGUUUGCAAAUGCCAUGAUACAGGCGAUUUUGACGAAAGUUUGGUCCCUUCGCCUCGACGCUAAGACGCAGGAAGAGAUCUCGGAAAAGCUGAACUUCUUACUGACACCGACCCGCAUGCGGAAGUAUAUGGCAUUGUACUUCAAGUACUGGCAGCCCAAUUGUCCAAUGAUCCAUGUUCCAACAUUUGAUCCAAGAACCGUGUCGCUGUCGCUUCUCACGUCGGUUUGCUUCAUGGGUGCCAAGUAUACUGAGGAUAAGAGAGAACUAGACGCCGCGCAACGACUAGUCGACUUUGCGGAAUUGUUUGUCUUCUCCAACGGAAUUCUAUCGGGCGAAAAUGAGAUCAGUUCGACAUAUUAUGGGGUUCAAAAUGUUGACGACGAUCCUAGUUGCUGGGUUCAAUUCCAGAAUUUACAGGCUGCGUUCCUCAUGGUGAUAUGUCAGUACUGGUCAGGAAGCCGUACGUCACGGAACCGAGCAAUGGAGAAUCGGUUUAGCGAAGUCAUCAAGGUAGGGUUGGUGCAAAUCAGCGGUCUUGUUCGUCCGGGCUUACUAGGGACAGGUUGCGCGCAGAAUGGGUCUACCCACAUUUCAGCAUGGGCCCGAGGAGCGUCUCCAUGA